AUGGGGGGGCCCCCCUCACCGAACGCUGCCUCUGAACCCUCGCCAGAGGAGGAGGGGCCCCUCAAGGGGCCCCCAGGCUCGCUGAACAGUACCCCUGACAUCUCUUCUUCUGGGGGGGCCCCCGGGGUGGCCCCCGGGGUGGGGGAUGCGCGGGGCAGGGGGCCCCCCUCUCUGGGGUUUCUACCGAGAACCGUGGGGGCCCUAGACAUGUAUGAAUGGCUUAGACUCCGCAGCAGCUCCAGCUGGGCCCCCGCAAAGCUCAGCGGGCGCGAGGCCCUCUCCCCUGGGGGCUCUGUUGAGGUCCCUGGCGUCACGAAUGGCUGCAAAGGAGACAGCAGCAGCAGCAGCAGCAGCAGCAGCAGCGUUGAGGUCCCUGGCGUCACGAAUGGCUGCAAAGGAGACAGCAGCAGCAGCAGCAGCAGCAGCAGCAGUAGUAGUAUGCGGGAAUAA